AUGGCUAAUAGCUUAUAUCUUACCAAAGAUUACACUGUUGGUCCAGGCUACUUUGUCACUAUCCUAAUUCUCCAAAUAUUAUAUAUGUAUAUAUUUCUAUGGGCAACUUCUUUUUGUUCUUAUAAAAUUUGAGGAAUGGUGAUCAUGUCUCCAUUUAAAUUAUGUUAAACCUAUAACAAAAAGAAAAGGCAUGUAAUUGGGGACUUCCCCAAGUAAAAUCCCAACACAACUUAGCUGGCAAGUAUAAGGUGGUAGUGGAGAAUUCAUGUGAUUCAUCAUUCAUCAAUUCAUGCUACCAAAAGUGAUUUGAUUUAAUUUAAUUCUUUAGAAUAUGAAUAGACGUGAACCCAUCUAUCUUAUCUAUCUAUUAUUCUUGUUUGUUUUUUUUUUAAUUUCUUUGUAUAUAUUAAAGUUGGAUACAUAUAUGAUAUUCACACUAAAAUAUGUUAAUAAAUAGCUUAAUAAAUAAGAUUAAGAAUGUUAAGCAAUGUAAAUGACCCCUUUGACCGUUUCUCGCCUUCAACUGCCCAAAUAACACAUACCUAUAAUGGCAACUAUACCCUAACCUCUCCCCUUCUUUUUCUCUCUUCCAUUCCAUUCCAUUCCUCUCCUCUUCUCUCCCCCCCCGCCCAAAAAAAAUACAAACACUUUCAAGAAAAAAAAAAAACACUUUCUUUCUUUCUUUCUUUCUUUCUUCCCUUAUGCACUCUUUCAUUUUCCAUUUUGCUGUAGCCCACACCACAGGUGCCCCACAAUAAUGGAGCGAAAGAAAACAUUUACAAUGAACUGGGACGCCCUUGGCGACCACGACGUCGAUGAUGAUGAUCGCUUUUUCGAGACCUGUGAUCGCCUCUCCUCCGCUGUCCCCCUAGACUUAGCCUCCUCUGGCUCUGACGAUGAUGAUGAAUUUGAUGACCCUCGUUCUUCUUUUGCCUCCGCCAUUUCCUCCGUUUCCACCACCGAAUUCCGAAACUAUGCUUCUGUUGCAGCUGCUGCCGCAAUCUCUCCUGAUUAUGAUGUCUGGAUGGCAGCCCCUGGAUCCAUUAAUGAACGUCGGAAACGCCUUCUUCAAGGCAUGGGAUUGUCCGCUGAUAAAGAGCUUCUUAGAAUCGCUAGUAACGAAUUGACGCGUGGUGUUCCUGACAGCACUGCAAACGGUCAUGUUGCUCCUGAUUCUAAUGGGGAUGUUCAUGAUGGAGAAUUAAAGCAAGAGGCUAUACCUUCUCAUGUACCGGUAGUGCUCGUACGUUCCAGGUCUGGUUGUGAUAUCGACUCGUUUUCGGUGGAAAAGAAGAGAAGAGAAGAGUUACUUGGCAACGUUUCCAAGCAACGGUUGACAAGAACGUCAUCAAUGAUAAUCGUGUCACAUGCUAGAAUAUGCCCUUAUCAGGAUUCAAUUAGAGUUUCACCUAAAGGUGCAAGAAGCAUGCGCUCACUUGACCAAAAUGGUAGCAUAGCGCCUAUGUUAUCCCAUAACAGGUUUGGUGCUUUCUUCUUGAUAAAGAAUCUGGAUACAGGUAAAGAAUUCGUUGUUAAUGAGUAUGAUCAGGAUGGGAUGUGGAAUAGGGUGAGUGAUCUUCAGACAGGGAAACAAUUAACAAUGGAAGAAUUCGAAAAAUGCGUGGGACAUUCUCCGGUCGUCAAGGAGUUAAUGAGGAGAGAAAAUGUUUCCAGGAUGAAUGGCGAAGAGAUGAGUGAUGAUAGAAAAAUCAAUACUAAUUCUUACCUAUCGAAGAGCUUGAGACUGAGCAAGAGAAGAGGUGCUGCAUUAUUGAAGAACAUAAAAGGAGUUGCUCAUUCUAUGUCCAUAACAGGACUGAGAGGAGCUGACAAAGAAAGGGAAAGUCAUUCGCCAACAGCAGAGUCGAAAGCAGGGGCCAAAAAUUCAUCAUCUUCUGGAUGGAUGAAGGUUAGGCAAGCAGGGAAAUCGUACAAGGAGUUGAGUGCAUUGCAUUUGUGUCAAGAGAUUCAAGCUCAUCAAGGAUCCAUAUGGACUAUUAAGUUCAGUCCUGAUGCACGGUUUCUUGCUAGUGGAGGUGAAGAUAGGACUAUUCAUAUAUGGGAAGUUCAAGAAUGUGAAAUUAUGUCACUGAAUGAAGGGACACUAACUCCACUUCAUCCCUUCUCAACGACACCAUGUCUUGGGGAGGUUCCUUCAUUGGCAUCAGAAAAGAAGAAGAAGAAGAAAGGUUCGUCUAGCCGGAAAUGUAAUCCCAUUCCGGAAUAUGUUCAUGUGUCAGAAACUGUGUUUUCGCUAUCAGAUAAACCUGUCUGCUCUUUCACAGGUCAUCUUGACGAUGUCUUGGACUUAUCCUGGUCCAGAUCUCAGCUAUUGUUAUCAUCUUCAAUGGACAAAACUGUUAGGUUGUGGGACAUGGAAACCAAGAGCUGUCUAAAGCUGUUCGCUCAUAAUGAUUAUGUAACCUGCAUACAGUUCAAUCCAAUGGAUGAUAAUUAUUUCAUAAGUGGCUCACUUGAUAACAAGGUCCGAAUAUGGAGCAUACCUGAUAGGCAACUUGUCGAUUGGACCGAUCUUCAUGAAAUGGUCACUGCUGUCUGCUACACUCCAGAUGGCCAGGGUGCCCUCAUUGGUUCACAUAAAGGGAGUUGCCGUAUGUACAAUGUUGAAGAUUGUAAAUUGAGUCAAGGGGAGCAGAUUGAUUUACAGAACAAGAAGCAUGCAAAAAAGAUCACUGGGUUUCAGUUUUCUCCAGGAAAUCCAUCCGAGGUGCUUGUUACCUCUGCCGAUUCUCGAAUUCGAAUUCUGGAUGGUUCAGAUGUCGCUCAUAAAUUUAGAGGUUUCAGAAAUAUCAACAGCCAAAUCUCAGCAUCAUUCAGUACAGAUGGAAAAUAUGUAAUAUGUGCAAGUGAAGAUUCACAUGUGUACGUAUGGAAGCGCGACGAGCGAUCAGGGAAUGGGAAGAGCAAAAGUAUAAUCAAUACCCGAUCUCACGAGAACUUCCAGUGCAAAGAUGUGUCCAUGGCAAUACCAUGGCCUGGUACUAUAAAGGGUGAUCCCCCACCUGUAAAAGUACAUUCCAAAAGACACUCGAAACGCUCCUCAAUCUCUCAGCCAACUUCAUCAUGCAGCUCCCCAACAAAAGAAGAUGCAUUGUCUGUGAGUAGUAGGAGAUACUUCCCGCCUUCCCCCAUUGACUGCCUGGCCAGAGAAGAAGAAAAUACAUCAGCAGCAAACAGUAAGAGACUACUACCACCUCUACCAAAGAAAAAUAACAACCACCAUAACAACACCAACAACGUAGAAAGAGCUCCAUCCCCAGAAGAGGACCCGUCUGCAAUUUCUCGGUCGGAUUCGGGUUUUGGCGACUCAUUUAGUACUUCAGCUUCUUCGUCAAUAAGGUAUGGUGAUUCACCAUCAAUUUCAGCAGCUCAGUCUUCAUCUUCAUCUUGGUCUUCGUCCUGGUCAUGGUUUGACGUCGGGGGCGGCCAUGCCAAUCAAAUUCAAGCAACGGCAUGGGGUAUGGUGAUAGUAACAGCUACACUAGGAGGUGAACUUAGAGCAUAUCAGAAUUUUGGCUUGCCUCGUAGGAUCGGUCGCCAGUCUAAUUUGUUCUGAAAGAUUUUGGAUACGCAUGUGGUUUUCUGUAUUAGGGAAAAUAGAAGCAUAACAUGGGUUUUCUUGUUUUUCUUUUUCAUUUUAGUAGCAUGUGUUUCGGGCAUGCUUUGUCCCAUGAACAAAUGAUAGUUGGAGUGGAGAAACUUGAGCCUUGUUGUGGUUAAAGUGAAACAACAACAGGAGCGAUACUUCCAAUUGUAUAUGCCAAAGCUGUUCAUCCAAA